AUGCCUCCAGGCAGCGGUAGCGCACUAAGCGCGGGAGCUUGGCCCGGCAUCACGGUUUCCGCACCCAUCCCAACCGCAUCCGAACCAACACAUGUACCUGCCUCUAGCGAAUCCUCCGCCUCUACCACUCCCCCGCCUCUCACCCACGAGCCGUUUCCGCCCAUCGCCCCCAGCUCACCUUCCUCCCCAACCUACUCCUUCCGCGUGUUCCCAACGUCGACGGCGCCCCCUGACCGCCACGUCAACGCUGCGUACGAAUUCGUGUCGCAGAUCGGCGAGGGGCGACACGGCACCGUCUGGCUGGUGGAGGACCGCGCCUCGGGAUCGACAUACGCAUGCAAGAAAAUCAGCAAGCGCGGGCUCGAGUCCGCAUGGGACCGCGACGAGGUAAGGCGCGAGGUGGCGGUGAUGCGCGUGCUGGCGGGGCGGCACGGCGGCGUGGUGCGGCUCCAGGAGGUAUUGGAGGAUAGCGAGGCGGUGUACUUAAUUAUGGAGCACUGCGAGGGCGGCGAGCUGUUCGAUAAGAUCGUGGGCGACGGGCGGCUGCAUCCGCUGGAGGCGGCGCACCUGUUCCGCCAGCUGGUUUCCGCCGUGCAGUUCUGCCACGCGCAAGGCGUGCUGCACCGCGACCUCAAACCCGAAAACAUUCUGCUCACGCGAUCCGCGGGACUCGACGGGCGGAAUGCGCGGGGACUGCAGCAGCAGCAGGAGACGAGCCCGAACGCGAAGGAUCAGGCGCAAAGGACGCCGCGGUGGCAGCAGGUGAAGCAGCAGGAGCAGCAGGAGGGGCAGCAGAGAAAGGAGGAGGACGGGGAGGAAGAGGGGCGGAAGGAUGGCAAAUCCAACGCUCAGGGAGGCGAAGAGGCGAUGCCGCUGACGGCGCAGCAAUUCAACAUCGAACGGCCCACAGAGCCCGCUAAUACCGUGAAUUCCGGUAAGAAGGUGCCCGUGUCGGCUGUCCCUGCUGCUGGCAGUCAGAAUAAAGCCUGCGACUCGCAGAACAUCCGCUGGCCGGUGCAGCAAGGCGGCGCCGCUGGUGGCGGAGUAACCGCAGCCGCCAAAUCCGCCGCGAGGUCCGCCGCAGCCGUCGGCGGGGCCACCACCCGCGCGGUGGGGAAGGCGCUCACGGGGCUGGGGGCGCGGAGCGCGAGUCAACGCUCCCUGCUGCAGUGGCACGUGCGGCUCGCGGACUUUGGAUUCGCCGUGUUUCUCGCUCCCGGGGAGAAGACGUCGGACGUGGCAGGCAGCCGGCUGUACGAGGCGCCUGAGCUGAUCCGAUUCGAGCCGUUCGACUUUAAAGCCGACAUCUGGUCGCUGGGAGUGGUGCUGUACGCCAUGCUCUCGGGCUGCCUGCCGUUCCGAGGCCGCGACGACGACGAGCUGGGCCGUCGGAUCAUGGAGGGGCGGCUCAAUCUGACGUCCAAGCCGUGGCCAUCUGUGCCGGGCGACGCGAAGCGACUGGUCGCGCGAAUGCUUCAGGUGGAGGCGGGGCGGCGGCCGUCAGCGGAGGAGGUGCUGAACGACGCGUGGGUGGUGCGGCACUUCGGCGUGGCGGCGCCCGCCAGGCGACUUGGCCCCAUCCCGCCGCCCUCGCUGCUGCAGGAACUCGAGGAGCAACCGCCGUGCGGCUCGCAGGCCUCUGCCGCUCCCCCUGAUCUUCAGCUUCCUCCUGCUGCUCCUCCUGCUGCUCCUGCUGCUCCUGCUGCUUCUCCUGCUGCUCCUCCUGCUGCUCCUGCUGCUCCUGCUGCUUCUCCUGCUGCUCCUGCUGCUGCUCCCGCUGCUGCUGUUGACGUCGUGUCGAGCGCAGACGAUGCGUGCAGUCAAUUGAAGGAGUCAGCCAAUGGGGACGCAGCGGAGCGCGCGGAGUCCCCGCUCACUAGCACCCCUCGUGCUACAUCCCUGGAAACGCCACCUCACGUCCCUGCUCACCACUCUUCCGCCACUCCCCCUGCCGCCACGCCCCCUGCCGCCGCUGCUCCUUCCGCCCUGUCCUGCUCCGCGCCAGGUGAGCGCAGCAGUGGCUGCGCGGAUGUGGGGGGAUGCGGUGGUGGAGACGAGGAGGCGUGUGGAGCGGGAGGGGGCAGGAUUGGAGUGGUGGCAGACGGCACGGCAGGAACAGCUGUACUCGUGGGACUGGCAGGUGCUGUGGAGAGCGCAGGGGAGAGGCGACGGGGCGACGAGGAGGAGGAGGAGGAGAAGGAGCGAGCGCCGCAAGCAGCAGCGGCAGCGGCAGCAGCAGCAGAAGUAUCAACAGCAGUGGUUACGGAAGGGGAGGGCGGUGAAAGCAAAGGGAGGAGGAGCGCGGAAGCAGCGCCACCCAGUCGCAUACCGCGAGCUUCAGGCCUGCCUUGGGCCAUCCCAUCGCCGCGCCACCACGGCGAGCGCGAGAGCAGCAGCGCGUGCGGGCAGGAGAGUGGUGGUGGCGCGCGCACAGGGUCCGCGCAUGGCGGUGAUUUGGCGUGUGGCGGGGGGUCCCUGGUGCAUGGGGCUGGCAGCACGGAGAGCCAGGCGUCUGUGGCCACGCCGUGCAAGCGACAACGGAUGCUGGCUCACCGUGUCUCACCCACGCCGGCAGCAGGAGCAGCAGAAGCAGCAGGAGCAGCGGCAGCAUCAGGAGCAGCAGUAGGUGCUGCGGGACCGGGAGCAGGAAGCAAGGGUGGAGCGCAAGCGAAGGAAGCAGGUGCUACGGCUGUCGGGACGGUGAAGGGGAAGCGACGCGCGGCUGCUGCUGCUGCGGCGCCUGAUGCGGCCGUCGCUGCUGCCGUCGCCCGAGCCAAGCGACGAGCCGAGGCGGCGAUUGCGGCUCGGGAGAAAAGCGCGAGUGAGGCAGCCAAGGGCGGCAGCAGGGGCCGCGGCAGAGGCGGCAGCGCGCACAGCCACGCAGAGAGGCCGAGAGAGAGCAGCGCGUGGGGGAGAAGACGAGGGGAGAAGGCGCCGAUAUCAGCGUGGGUGGUGGAGAAGAGGGGCGGCGCGCGCACGGACAAGGGGUCGCCAUGCCUCUCCAGUGCAGCUUCCACCACCAGCACCGCCACAACCGCCACCACCGCCACAACCGCCACCACGUCUACAACGGCAAUCACGGGGCGGGCAAGGACCAUCUCGUCUGCUACCACGUCUGCGUGCUCCUCUUCUUCCUGGUACUCCUCCUCCCCUUCCUCCUCUCCCACCUCCUCGCCCUCCCUCGCCCACCCUCCUCUCCCUGCAGCAGCUGUGCCUGCGCUCUGGCCGUCCCUUCCUGCCCCGUCCGCAGGGACGGCGAGAGCCGCGGGUGCAGCAGCAGGACGAGGAAGAGCAGGAGCGAAAGCAGGAGGGGCGGGAGGGGCGGGGUGGAAGGCAAGCAGUGGGAGGACGGGUGGUGGUGCGGGGAUGGGGGCUGGGGGCUUGCCUCCGCUGCCGGGCUCGCCUGCCCCCUCCUCCACGUCCUCAGGCAGUGUGCCUAGCACGAGCAGGUGGGGUAGGGGCACGGGUGCUGCUGCUGCUGCGGGUGCAAGGGAGAGUGAAGGAGCAGGGGGGGGAUGUGCGCGCGUGGGAGGAGGUUUCAGGAUGGCUGGUUCGGUUGGGCUGGAGGAGAAGGAGAAGGUACGGACAAACGAGAAUGCGCAAACAGGCACGGCAGUAGCAGGCACCUCUGGGAGGAAACGGUGGGAAUUGAGUAAUCGUGGUGGUGCUGCUGCUGCUGCUGCUGCAAGAUCAACGGUGGUGGGCGAGAGUCGCAGUGGCAUGAGUGCGAGCAGCAGUGGGAAGAGCAGCAGGAGCAGUGGCAGCAGUCAGGGCGUGCGGGCGCCUUUGAGUGUGCAGAAGGCCGUUUCGAGGUCUAUGGUCCAAACAGAGGAGGAGGACGGGGGGCAGGAGAGUGGGGAGGAGGCAGAGGAAGGAGAGGAGGAGGUGGGUGAGGAGCAGGAAGACGAUGAGUCGAGUGAUGGAGAGUAUGUGAGCUAUGGGGAAGAGGAGGAUGAGGAAGAGGAUGAGGAGGAGGAGGAGGAGGAGGAGGAAGAGGAAGAUGAGGAGGAGGAAGAGGAGGAUGGCGAGGCGGAGGAGGAGGAGAGUGAGGAAGAGUGUGGGUUAGUAGAGGAGGAUGUCUUUGAGGAUUCUGUGGAAUCAAGCAUAAAUGGUGGCAAGCAGAGGGGAGGGGAGAGUGAAGAAGUGAGUGAGGAGGGAGAGAAGGAGAGUGAGGAGGAAGAAAGUGAGGAAGAGAGCAGGUUGGCAACAGAAAGCUGUGAAACAGAGCAGGAGACAGAGGAAGACAAGGAGUUGAGUGAAAGCUGUGGAGUGGAAGAGGAGGGGUGUGAAUCGAGCGGGAGUGAGGAGGAGGUAGCAACGGUGGAUGCGACAAUCGGAGACUCAACACAUAUUCCAUCAGAGCUGGACGAAUUAGUUGUGGGAAGAGGAGCAGCAGCAGCAAGUGAGGCGUGCAGAGCGGAGCAGGAGGAGCGGGUGAGGGAGGUGCAGGCGAUGCUAGAUGAGAAGAGGCGGAGUGAGAAGCGGCGCAGCAGGCGGCAUAAGUAUGUGGCACGGUCCCUGUGGAAGCAUGAUAUGAUGGAGCUGCGGCGCAUGGAGCGAGUGGCAGAGGAUGGGAGGAGUGGGAGGGAUGGGGCAGGUGUGCAGGUUGGAAGAGUGGAGCUGCAAGGAGGGAGAGGGCAAGAGUUGGAGGAGAAAAGGAGGCAAGAGGAGCGUCCGCCAUCCAAGCAUCACGAGUACACGGCGCUGGCCGACGUGGCGCGCGCGGCGGGGAGGCGGGUGAACGUAGUGGGGGUGGUGGUGCUCGCUGACUGCGUGCGAAGCUUCCAAGGCACCCGUGUGUGCUGCACGCUACUGCUAGCGGACGCCACGUGUCACCUCCCCGGGUACCAAGUGACGGCCAUAGCGGGGAGUGCAGACGACCUGCCGUGCGUGGCGGGCGUGGGGGAUGUCAUCGCCUUGCACCACCUGCUCAGCACAGUGGAUCAGUCAGUCCCUCAAGGCAUCGCUCACAUUAACACCACCACCACCACCACCACCAGCAGCGGCGGUGGCGGCGGCGGCGGCGGCGGUGGCAGAGGCGGCAGAGGCGGCAGUAACAACGGUGGCAGUGGCAGGGGGAUGCAGGGCGGUGCGCGCAGCAGCUGUGCGCUGUUCCCGGGCGCUCCAGGCGCGCCCCUGCGCCCCUACUCCGCCUUCCCCUCCCCCACCGCCUUCCUGCCCGCGGGCCCGGUGAAGCAGCGCGUGCAGGCGCUGAGGCAGUGGGCGCACGGCUUCCCCUUCCAACCCCGUGCGUGCUGUGGCGUUGUGCGGGGGGAAGGGGGUGCGGGGUGGUUUGUGGAGAAGAGAAAGAUGGAUGGCUGGAAGGGAGGUUGCAGAAGGGAGGGCGUAGGAGGAAGGGCAUGUGCAGUGCCACUGCUGCCCAUCAGUGGCAUCACAAACGACACGGACUACGACAUGUGCGUGCAGGUGUGGCAUGUGCAGAGGAUGGGGCGGGUGGUCGUUCUGUGGGCAUGGGACGGCACCGACACCCCUCUACCGCCUCUCCUCUCGCCUGCAGCGCCCAUCCCUGCCGUGAAGCAGCAGCUAGGUGGUGGUGGUACUAGUGGCACUCCUGCUCCCCAUGCCAUGCCACCACCUAGACCACUAUCAGCACCACCACCUACACCACCAGCACAAGAACCAGCAGCAGCAGCAGCAGCAGCAGCAGCCGCAGCGCACAACAACAACAGCGGCAGCAGCAGCAGCAGCAGCAGCAAGCACCCGGUGUUUUCUAUUGGCAGUCGUGUGGGGCCACCACCCUGUGUGCUCCACCGGCUGCCCCCACUGGGCUCUCUCCUCCCCAUCCUCUGCCUCGCCUCCCACCCCGACCACCUCUUGCAGCGGUUGCUCCCCCCGCGCCUGCCGGCUCCACCCACUCGCCACGCGCACAGGGCAGCAGAAGGAGCAGGGCAGCAGGGGAAGGAGGCCGGAGGGGAGGGGAGGGCGGGUGCGGUGGGGGGGGAGCGUGGAGGCGUGGUGCCGUGCUGGGUGCUGCUGCAGAAGGUGCGGGGGGCAUGGCAGGAGGAGGAGGGCGAGUGGGUGGGGGUUCUGGGCCCUGAGAGCAGGGUGAGUCCUGUGAAGGAGCACUAUGCUGACGUGGCGCACGUUAUUAGGAGGUAUGCAGAAAGGGAGGCGAGUGGGGAUGCACUGACACGCAUGGGCGCGCUUGCUCAGUGUGCAAGCACAGCUGCCAUCACAAGAAUAGAGCGGCCACUGCAGCCCUACUCCACUCUCCGCCAAAUAUACUGCCACCCUCAAGUACCCUACCGCUUCCGCUGUGUGGCCCGGGUCAUCUAUGCGUCGCACAUCCACCCCCGCCACUUCACCGCCUUCCUGCCCCCCAAGCCCCGCCCCGCUUCCUCCGCCGCUCCCGCCGCCGCUCCCUCUGCCCCCCGUGCACCUCCCUUGGGGUUUCCCUCCCCCACGAAUACCAUGAUUGGGCGAAUGAGCGCUGAUGAGAGGCACGCGGGUACAGGUAACGGUGGCAGUGAUGGCAGUGGCGGGGGCAGUGGUGGUCAUGGUAGUGAGGGGGCCAAUGUGCGUGAAGUACAUGGGGAGACGGGGAGCAAGGGCGCGCAGGUGGAUGGAGAGGUGGUUGGGGGUAAGCGGAAGAGGCAGGGAUGGGAAAGAAGAGGGGGUGUGGGCAGGGGCAGUGGAAAGGUGAACCAGGGGGAGCAGGACGGCAGGGCAAGUGGGGGGGAGAAGGAGAAGCAGUGGGCAGCAGGGCUGCUGCUGCUGCUGGAGGACUGCACUGGCCGCCUGCUCGUCCGCCUUGCUGCCCACCAUGCGCGCCCACCUCUCCCCAUGUGCCCACCACCCAUGUGCCCCAUACAGGAGCACUUCUUUGCUGCCUCUGCCAAGGACCUGCGCAACCGCCCUCGAGUGACUGCCAGGGCAGCGCAAGGCAUGGCGGCUCUGCUUGCUGCCCCCACCGCCCCCCGCUCCCCUGCACCUGACCAAGGGUUUGCAGCUGGAGCAGCAGCAGCAGCAGCAGCAGCAGCAGCGCCUCCUAAGAUGUGUUGCGGCGCAGCAACUGGAGGGGCAGAGCUUGGCAAGGGAGGGUUGCGCAGCCCCCCUGCUGUUGACUGCUGUGUGUUCUCCUACUAUCAAACAGGCAUGAAGGGCCUGCCACAGGGAAAGGCAUUCCAGAUCUUUGAAACUCAGCAUGACAAUGGUUAA